AUGGCCUCGGACGAGAUUAUUUGGCAGAUUAUCAACCAGCAGUUUUGCUCUUUUAAACUAAAAACAGAAAAGAAGCAAAACUUUUGCCGUAAUGAAUACAACGUCACGGGCCUCUGCAACCGACAGUCGUGUCCGCUCGCGAAUUCGCGCUACGCCACGGUGCGGCAGCACCCGACCAAGCAGACGCUCUACUUGUACAUGAAGACGGUGGAGCGCGCGCACCUGCCGUCCAGGAUGUGGCAGAAGAUCAAGCUGUCCAACAACUACACAAAGGCGCUGGGGCAGAUUGAUGAGCACCUCGUCUACUGGCCCAAGUUCCUGCUGCACAAGUGCAAGCAGCGGCUGACGCGGCUGACGCAGGUGCAGAUCCGCAUGAGGAGGAUCGCCGCCGAGGAGGAGCGCCUCGGGGAGAAGCUGGUGCCCAAGCUGGCGCCCAAGAUCAAGCAUCGCGAGGAGGCGAGGGAGCGCAAGGCCGAGGCCGCGGCGAAGCUGGAGCGCACGAUUGAGCGCGAGCUGGUUGAGCGGCUGCGACAGGGUGCCUACGGCGACCAGCCGCUCAACGUGAGCGAGAACAUCUGGAAGAAGGUGCUCAACGCUAUGGAGAGGGACGGCCAGGGCGAGCGUGACGAGGACCUGGAUGAGGGCGUCGACUCGGAGGAGCAGGAGGAGGGAGAGGACAUGGAGGACGGCGACUUGGAGGUCCAGUAUGUGUCGGAUGUGGAUGGGAGCGAGGCCGAGCUAGACGAGUUGGAGGAUUGGCUGGAGAGCGACAACGACGAGGAGGAGGAUGAGGAGGAGGAAGACGACAGCGAGGCGGAGGAGGAAAAGGUCGGGGCGAAACGCAAGCGCGGCCACGCCGUCAGGACGAAGGCCAAGAAGGCCAAGCAGGAGAAGGAGAAGUUGGCCCUCACCAACGACCUGGCGUGGCACCACAGACGUCGUGCGUCUCGCUCAUCCGCCCGUCCGCUCAUCUGCUCAUCCCUUCCGCCUCAGCCGUCUCAGCCGCCUCGCCACCCCCCGACAACUCCGCCCACCAUGGCAUCGUGGUACACCAACAUCCUCACGAGGACCACGUCGCAAAUCUCGUCCCUGCGCUCCACGCUCCUGGCGUCCGAGAACGACGGCGACAGCGAAGACGACACCCACGUGUGCCGCGUCCUGCGCAACUACUACGGCGACAAGGGCCGGAGGCUCAGGCAGCGCCUGUGGGGGGCCGCGAGGCAGGGCGCGGGCUACGACGACCGCUCCGCGCAGGAUAGGGGCAGGGGCAGGGGCAGCGGGCGACCGGGCGUGCCCGGCGGUCCCCGGGGGUACGCGUGA